AUGGGAUCCGGACGAACUCGUAUAGCCCGAAUGGAGUUGUCACCGAUGUUUUGUGAAUAUCCUCUUCCACUACCGGAAUCAGGAAGUAAGCUUUUGCUUGAUCAAUGUUUAAGACUAUACAUCCGACACGAAUCGUUAUUGAAGAAGCGACAUGUUAACGCUCUGUCUGUGAUGCCACUGAAUGAACUGAAAGUGAAAGCGCAAUGGAAGAGGUGCGACCAAUCACAUAUCCAAGGAAACCAAAAGUGGACGUUUCAUUGGCGGACACUGUCCAUCAGCGCACCAUCAUGGGUCAUCUUGGAUGGUGGCGCAUAUGUUGGCGUAUGGAAAUUGUGUCUGGUUUUACAAGGACGCGCCGAAUGGGACUGUCGGUCUUACAAAGAACAACCAGAUUUUGCUCGUGCCUCGCAAACCUUUUUGAUCAUUGCUCUCCUUUGUCACUUUGCCUGUUUACUUAUAAUGGCAAUCUACACAUCCAUCACAAUCACAUGCUUCAAUAAAACAUUGACAGUUAUCUGCCUUUGCCUCAUAACAUUUUCUGCAGGUUGCAUGACAUUAAUGGGUACCAUUGUAAUGGGCGUCAAGGCACAAGACUACCUCGAAUCUCUCAAACUGCAGAAUAUGCGAGUCAUAAACAAUCUGCCGUCGUUGAUAGAUGUCGAAAUUACGGGCCCGAUCGGUGUCGGCUGUAAAGUUCUAUCUUCUUUUCCUUAUCAUCUUUCUUUCUUAUGCACGUACUUUUCUCCACUUUUCUUCUUUAUUUCACAAUUUUUUACAUUUAUUUUCUCUUUUUCUGUCGUUUUUUCUUUUAUUCUUCCGUUUUUCAGUUUACUUGUUCCUUUCUUGAAUGAUAUUCUUUUUUACUCUCAUUCUUCUAAACGUUCUUCUUCUGUUUCUUCGUCGUAUUCUCUUUGUCGCUAUUAUUUAUUUCUUUAUUUCUUCACAUUCUGUCUAUUUUCUCUCUGCCAUAUACUUUGCCUUUCAUUUACAGCCAUCAGCAGUCCGCCAUCUUAUAUGCAAGUGUACCGCCUUACAAAUGUGUGUACUAUUGACUUCUGUACAGAACAACCGCACGCUGAAAAACUAGCAUCGUGUCAUUACAUGAUUUUUUACGACAUUCUCUGGUAUUACGUUCUUUAUUAUGUGUCACACAGUCCAACAGACUUGGUGACAGGUGCACUAGAAAUUUGA